UACUUCGGCAGUUGAAGAGAAAGCGUGAUCUAACUAGAAAGUUUGGAGAAACGAUCAACGCGAAAAAACGUGCUUAGUUCAGUUGAGAGGCGAAAGGUUACUCUUAUUUCAUCAAAAAAAAUCUCCUUUGUAUCCAAGGGUGCACAACUCGGUUCUCUUUUGACAUUGGAUCGCAAUAGAGCCGACGUUUCACGGCACGCGAAUGGACGUCAUGUCGGGGCAUCGUCGAGCCCUGCUGAUGAUAAUAACAUUACUAUCUGGUUGUCUCAUUUUGGCUGACGGUUAUUUAAAUAUCGAAGUUUGGGCGAGUCCAGGGGAGCCAGCAGCUCUAACAUGCGGCCUGCUGGGAUCUUUCGCUAACUUUGGGUGGCGAAAAGUCGCCGGGCAGCCGACAAGCGAAGAGAACUUGAGGAAACUCACCAAAACUUGGCGCUUCAACGAGACGUAUUCAAGAAUGGGUCUGUAUUUCACAAACGUCUUGGAAGAAGACGACGGAAUUUACGAAUGCUGGGCAAAAGAUCACAAAAACUUGACUAAACGCAGUGAGCGUAGAUUAGUUGUCCAUCCCGUGGUAUCAUUAGAGCAGAUUUCUGUCGCUGCUUUGGAUGCAAGUAGGAUUGGUGUCACAUGGAGUUUCUUAGGCUAUCUUGGCAGUCAAUAUGAGAAGUUUGACAUACAAAUCCAGAAAAACGGUUCACUUGAAUGGCAUCUAGUGUAUGCAAGAACGACUCCCACCUUCGAUCGUGUCUUUGUUGCAACAGCGUGUAAUCCAGACACAGCCUACUGGUUUAAAUUUACUCUGAUAUUCAAAGCAAACAUUGGGAUGCAUGUUUUUUCGAGGUGGACAAAGACUUCUAAGAAAGAUCCUGUAUACGUACCACUCGUUUCGGUUAAGGAAACGUCUGUCGAUUCAAUAACGAUUGAAUGGUCGAAGCCACCGAGGGAGAUUGAAAGUAUUUUAAACUUUUAUCGAGUGUGGAUGUACAAGACAGGCAUCAGUGGUGAAAAACACAUGGAGAAGAUGUCAUGGACUAAAAAAAAAAAAUAUGUGAAAUUCGAGAAUCUGACAACUUCAGUCUCUUACAAAUUUAAGUUGGAUGUGUGCUCCGGUUAUGACCGUGAUCGACAACUUUACCCCUCUUCCUGGUCGGAAGACGUCGUGCCGAAAGACAGAGACCCGAAAUUCACCCCGGAUGUUUCGGUAAUCGAAACGGGUGUCGCUUCAAUAACGAUUGCGUGGAAUGCACCGCCGACGGACUUGCAAGACCGCGUUUAUUACUAUAAAUUAGCGUUGAGCACUGAAAACUUGACCAACAAAUCACUGUACGUGAACAAAACCGAGAAUUCCCACAAAUUCGAAGAUCUUCUGGUGAACAAAACUCAUCGAUUCAAAGUAGCAGCCUGCAGCGAUUACAAAACGCAAUGCGGUAAUUGGAGCGAGGAAAAAGAAGCUUUUACGUACAUCACAAGUAUGGAUUCCAGAAGUGGGGUACAAGAUGAAACAUGGCUGAUUACGGGAGCAAUUGCUACUCUACUCGUCAUCGUCGUUGUAACGAUAGCGGCUUGGAACUUUCGCAGAAAGGCAUUGAAACGAAAGUUGAUCAAAGCAAGACUAGAGUACUUCAAUUUCGGGGCCCCGAUUCCUCUGGAUCCAGAAUUGGCUGUGAGCGAUCAGGCCGAGUUACUGCCGUACAACAAGAAAUGGGAAUUCCCGCGGGAUUUCUUGAAACUUGACGAAGUAUUAGGAAGCGGUGCAUUCGGCGUAGUGAGGAAGGCACAGGCAAAGACGAUCUGCCCACGCGAAACAGUCACGACAGUUGCGGUCAAGACGGUUCGACCGACGGCCAACCUGAACUGCAUGAAGGCCCUUCUUCGCGAACUCAGGAUUCUCGUUUACUUGGGUCAACAUCUGAACAUUGUCAACCUUCUCGGCGCGUGCACAAAAAAUAUUGAUUUGGGCGAACUCUUGGUCAUCGUCGAAUACUGCCGGUACGGGAAUUUACACGACUACUUGGUACGACGCAGAGUCAACUUCAUCGAUCAAUUGAACGAUUCCGGAGAAGAAAUAUGCGUUUCGGCUGCCCGUGAAGACGCGAUCAAGGUCGAUGACGUUGGUACAAACACGGACAAACGUUUCGACGGCGAUUCGACAAUAGUCAACUGCUCGAAUAACGUUACUUCCAAGUCUACGGAUGCUGGAGUGGUCGACUGUUCCCCGAGUGUCAGUUUAACGGAACUCAACGCGCCGUUGAAGUAUCCAGGUGAUCGGACGGAUUUCAACUCAAGGCCGACGAGCACGCACGACUUGGUGUGUUGGGCUUGGCAGGUUUCUUGUGGCAUGCAGUAUCUCGGCGCGAAAAAGAUCAUACACGGUGACUUGGCAACGAGAAAUAUACUUCUUGCCGAUGACAACGUGGUAAAGAUCUGUGACUUUGGUUUGUCAAAGUCUCUUCGGGAAGAAGAGAAUCAGAAGAGCACGGAGAAUGGUCCUCUCCCCGUCAAGUGGAUGGCCAUCGAGUCGCUCAGGGAUCGAGUGUUUUCUACCAAAUCGGACGUCUGGUCUUUCGGCGUCGUUUUGUGGGAACUGUUUUCUUUGGCGAGAACUCCUUAUCCCCUGAUAAGACCUGAGGAUAUGUGCCGAAAACUAGCCGAAGGUUAUCGUAUGGAGAAACCGCCGUACGCGCCGAGAAGCAUUUACCAAAUGAUGCUUCGUUGCUGGAAAGCGGAGCCGUCGGAACGACCGUCGUUCGAAAAGCUGACCAUCAACAUAGCCGAGCUGAUUGAAGAGCAGGUGAAAACGUUUUAUCUGGACCUGGGCAAUCCGUACACCAAGAUUUACGCUGAUAUCUGGAAACGCGAGAGAGAGACUGCGAUAAGCGCGGAAGAAUCGGGCACCAUCGGAGAAGAUUCACAAUGAAAUGAGUACGAUCCACCCAUCGGAUGUCGAUUUAUGGUUACUUGCCCGGGCAUGUCACGAUGCUCAGCGCGCAAAGAUACAAUUUUGUCGAAGCGACAAUUGCGCGUAACAAUGAACUCGAUACACGGAGCUUACUUUUAAUAUUUGCAAACUGUUUUUAUAUCUCACUAAUUCGUUUUUUUUCAAGCUGCAAGUUUCUUCUUUAUUCAGUAGUUACCAAAUGUGAGUCUAGUUUUCAGAAAUACACCGUAAAGAAGCACAUCAGACAAAUCACGUGAUACAUGGUGAAUGACAUGAUUUUCAUUAGGAGAGUUUACAAAAGUGUGCCACGAAUUGGUAUUGUGUACAAUGAAAAAUAUUGGAACAAUCACGAUGACAAAGUUUGUUAGCAAUGAAAAAAAACAUACAAAAAGCAAACAUCUCUUAAUUAUCAUUUUGAUCGAACGAUCUUCGAAUCGCAGUCGAUUUACCGGAAAUGAACGUGGAUUUUCCUUCUCUUGGUUAAGCUUGUAUAGACAGGAACUGAGCCUUUGUAG